AUGAUAAAAGAUAAAAAAAUUAGUAUUAAUGUUAUUACCCCAAAAAGACUUACUAAAAGUUGCGAAAGUUUCAAAAAUGAUGAAAAGGAAGACGAAAAUGAGAAUGAAAAUAGAAAAAGUUUAGAAGAAAUUUGGGGUGAAGUGAUAAAAAACAGGGAAAAAAUCCCUUCCCCUUCAUCAAAAACUACUUUAAGCGAUACCCAAUUUGUUAACUCAAAAUGGUUUAAAGACUGGAAAACAAAUAAAAAUAAUUCUUUUAAAGAAGAAGAAGAAAAGAAUGUAGAAGACCAUCCAAAAUUGGAUAAAAAAGAUGAAGAUAUUUUUAAAAACUAUAAAAAUAUGGAACAAUUUAAAAUUUCUGAGGGAAAUUUGGAGAAGACUAAAGCUGCUUCUGUUGAAAGGGAAAUUGCUCAAAUGUUUUCAAAUCAUCUUUGUAGAAUUAAAAAACACAAAUCUUGUGAUGAGGUUAAAUUUAGGGAAAUUUUUGUGAUAGGAAUUAAACUAGAAGUUAAUAAAAUGGUACUACCUGAUAGGCAAAAUCCCUUCGAAUGCCGGAGAGCUAUUUAA